UCUGGAGGAAGUCGUGGUGAUUUACAGGAGGACGCCUUGGUCUUUUUUUCGGCUGAAAAAAGUCUUAAUUGAGUUAGGAGAAGGAUGCUGGGCUUCCUUGGAUGCUUUGCCGGUCUUUUAGUGGCUUCUCUUGUCAACGCUGAUGGUCGAGUAUUUGUGGUGGAGCUCGGCAACUCGUCGUCCAGUUCUUCGUUCCGGGACGCGGAGUGGGCUUGCGCCUCCCGGCAGGCCCGCCUGGCAUCGGCCUCGGAGCUGAGGCAUGCCGUCAUGGAGUGUUUCUUUUCCUUGUGCACCCGCGGGUGGCUUCACGGAGGUUCCAUCGGGACUACUGUGUGUAACUAUGUCGGGGGCUCACUGAAAGCAGUGGAUGUGAGGCUGGAAAAUGCUACAAGUGAUGCCAAGAGCUUGAACGGAUUCUGUAUCAAAGACAAAGGUGUGCCAUGCGGCGACCCCCCAUCCUUCCCCAACGCCCGUCUUCAGGGUCAUGGCGGGUUUGAACUAGGCGAUGAGCUCCUGUACACAUGCGUGCCAGGUUACGUCAUGCCCAACGGCCACAGUGCAUUCAGCUUGCUGUGUGACAGCUGUGGCGAGUGGUAUGGACUGGUGCAGAUGUGUGCCAAAGACUCGACUGAGACCCACAUGGACUACGAAGACCAGUUCACGUAUGACGAGGCGGACCAUCAGAGGGAAGACGACGGGCCUGCGGAGGGUCACGCUCAAUUGUACGAGAAGCCCCAAGGAACUACAGCGCAACCUGAAGAACCCCGGAACCGGGAAAUGCAAGUGAUCAGCUUCCAAAGAGAAGAAGAGGCUCCAGACAUGGACGGUCAGCAGGAGGUGGAAUUAGAUGACGAGACUGUUGAAGAAACGAGGAAAGAUGACGUGAAAAUGGACGUGGAGGACGCGGGUUGGAAGAUGGAGGAACGCGAGGUGACAACGGUGUCAACAGACCCACCGGUCUCCCUCCUGUCCCAGAAACAUCUCUUCUGGUUCCCUUCUGACACCUUCCAGCAGCAGCAAGAGCAGCAACCGGUCUCAGUGGAUUCCGUUACCCAGACCACCACUCAGCGGUCCUCUGGCAGCCAAUCCGAAGAGAACCUCAACAAUCACGCGCAAGAGAGUCUCGAUCACCGAGAUGACGGUCAAAUAGAACAACAGAUUCCGGUUCAUCAGGAAGACCUAGAUGAACAAGACCGCUACGAUGACAACCACCAUGAUCAUUACGACAUGGGUGAGCAUGAGGACGUUCGCUACGGCGGGUGGAACAACAGCUCCGAGGAACGUGGUGGCGACAAAGACGGUGAUGAUAUUCUGGAGCAAACGGAUGUUUCUGAGGAGCAUACGGACCAUGAUGAACACGCCGAUGACGAUGACCAAAUUCUUGAGGAACAUGAUGACCGCGACGAUGAUGACCACCAUGAUCACGAUGAACGCUAUGACCAUGAACAUCAUGACAAUGAUCAUGAUCAUGAUGAUCACGAUGAACGCUAUGACCAUGAACAUCAUGACAAUGAUGAUCAUAACCACGAUGAUCUCGAUCACUAUGACCACCUUGACCAUGAUGGCAAUGAUCAUGACAGCCAAGAACAUAACCCUGAUACCGAUGACGGUGGACAUGAUGCAAAUGAUAGCCACGCUGAUCACGAUAGUCUCGAAGACGACGACCAUCAUCAGCACGUCGUCUUUCCUGAAGAAAGUCUGAACUCUACCCAGGAUGACACAAGAGUAGCAACCACUACAGAUGAGACCUGGCUGGACGGACACCCGGUGGCCGCCAUCCCUAACGGGGUGGAAGAACUAGUCCCUGACACCAGCGUUCCAGCGGUACCAGAGUCUGAACAAAGAGAAGCCACAGUCCCAGAAAACCCCUCGUCCUCCUCAUCUUCGGAUACUCUGGAGUACGAUACGCAGCAGGUGGUCCCCACCCAUUCUUGGCUCCUGGAUCUCACCCAGCACCCCAUUCUGGACCCAGCCCAGGAUAGCGAAACCCUUGACGGGGCAACAGGGGGGCACACCCUGAACUUGCCUGGCGAGACUGGUGAGAGGGGCGAUAUGGAGGGAGAGAGGGGCGAGACGGUAUGCGUCGGAGAGAACUGCCCGCCGUCGAGUCCAUCACGCCGUGGCCCCAUUGUGGCCGCCAUCAUUGCGGCGGUGUGCGUGGUAGCAGCGGCCGUCAUGGUAACGGUGUGGUGCUACCGUCGGCGGCAGCAGAAGAGCUCCGUGUACGACAUGAACGGGAAAGGACAAAGCAGCCAGCAAAUGGAGAUGCAGCAGAAAGUUUAAGGAUGGGCGGAGACUUUUCGGGUAAGGGGGCGUUAAGAAGAAUCGGACACGCAGUGGACGCUCGAAAGCCGAACGCUAGGAGUUUCCGUUUUGAUGAUUUGCUCGGAUUUGAGUACAUUUUCAAAAUUGCCACUCUAGAGGUGAUUUUCCAUCAGUGCCUUUCAGACAUAUCUUGGUGAAGAAUGAGUAGACAACUUCAGUGUAAUGACACAGUUGCUAUCAAAACAGAGGGGGCGUGGCUAGCUAGUUUUACAAUCUGGUCAAGGAAUCCCGCAGUGAUACCUCCCAGUUCGACUUUAAUACUCCCAUCUGAUAAUAGAAUCUGAUGGUAAUAAGUUAAUUGUAGGGGCUAAACUGCACAGAAAUAACAAACAAUUCCUCAUGAUUCGGUUAACCAUUUACUUGAUAUUAAAUCAAUUUUAGAUGGAAAUCACCCGCUUUGUAAGCCGUUUGAGUUCAGAUGUUCCACUGUAUGUUGUAAAGACUUUUUUUUUCUCCAUAUUUGUUUUUAAAUGACAGCUUUCUCGCUGGAAUAUUUUUUUUUUCUCGCUCAAUUAGGUGUGUCGUGACAAAAAUGCCUAACGGGAAACAUAGUAUGGCUGGAAAUACAGUGGGAUGUAAAAGUAUCUGAACUUUUUGGAUUUUCUCACAUUUCUGCAUAAAAUCACCAUCAAAUGUGAUGUGAUCUUUGUUUCAUCACAUUUCAUCUAAUCUUGAACCAUUUUCAGUCAAUCAAUGUCUUUAUUUUCGAUGUAUAUUGUUGAAAACAGCCAACAAUUGCAUCUCAGAUGUAACUAGAAUUAAAAAAAAAGACAAAUUCACUGCUUUCACUCAAAAAACUUUUAGAUCUUAUUAAAAAAAAAAUAUAUAUAUAUAUCUUACCUAAAAAUGCCGUUACGCUUGACAACGCACAUCACUUUAAAGUUAGGAUUUUUUCCCACGUGUUUCAAUUGAAUUUCUCUUUGUGUCAAGCCAUUUUUAAGUUCUAGUUAAGUUUUAAGUUAGUCUAAACUGUAAGUCCUGAUAGGAUUUUGAGUUUUUGCAGUGUUCAAAAUAAAUGUAUGACACAGGCUGUAUUGGAGCACAUUAGGGACCAGUGCUACUUGGUGUUUUAUCCAGCAAUGACUACUGAGCUAAAACUGAUAGUUAGCAUGAUUAAGUUUUUAGUUUACACCCUCAUCACUCCGCAGUGCUAUGUUAUGUUAAAGCCUGUAUGUAAGACACGCUAGCCACGCAUCGACAGUGGUCAUAAUUAAUUGAAAACUAGCCCUCCGCAGGGCAAACGUUACGUGAGCUAGUAGCGACAGUAUCGUUAAUCUUAUUUAUUUGCGCUUAGCGCAUUACUGCUUUAAGAUGGCGGCUGUUUACUAACGUUGCCCAGACGCGGCCGAGUCUGUCAUUUCGCAUCUAGUUCAACAUACAUGUGAUCUCUAUGAGACGCAUCUGACGCUACCUGUUACCAACGUAGCAUCGUGCGGGCUAGUAUUUAGCAACGUCGGCGUCGUUUGUGGCGGCUGUCGACUGCAGUAAGUUUUUUUUUCUUUCCCUUCUUCCUCUCCGCACGUGACAGCGCGUUGUCAUGCAUUAAAAGUAGUCCGAGCAAAACGUGAUGCUUAGAGCUGUCAAAAUAAACGAUUACUCGAGGUGAAUAAAAUUACUCGGAUCAGUUUUUAAACUCGAGUUACUCGAGUUGCUCGAGUACUCAUUUCAGCUCUAAACCAGACGCUUCCUGCACCUGCAGAUCAGUCUGGCACACCGAUCAGGACUAAUCUUGGCCCAUUCUUCUCAACAAAACUGCUGUAGUUCAGUCAGAUUCCUGGGAUGGUUAGCAUGAAUCGCUGUCUUUAGGUCAUGCCUCUGCAUCUCAAUGGGGUUCAAGUCGGGACUUUGACUUGGCUACUCCAGAACAUGUAUUUUGUUCUUUUGAAACCAUUCUAAAGUUGAUUUACGACUGUGUUUUGGAUCAUUGUCUUGUUGCAGCAUCCAUCCUCUUUUUAGCUUCAACUGUUUGACAGACAGCCUCAGGUUUUCAUGUAAAACAUCCUGAUAAACUUUUGAAUUCAUUCAUUCAUUAAUGAUUGCAAGUUGUCCAGGCCCUGAGGUAGCAAAACAGCCCCAAAUCAUGAUGCUCCCUCCACCAUGCUUCCCGGUGGGGAUGAAGUGUUGAUGUUUGUGAGCUGUUCCAUUUUUCCUCCACACAUGACGUUGUGUGUUACUCCCAAACAAAUUAACUUUGCUUUCAUCAGUUCAAAAAAUAUUUGCCAAAACUCUUUGUAGAGUGUCCAAGUGCCUUUUUGAAAACAUUAAACGAGCAACAAUGUUUUUUUUUUUUUUUUUUUAAGACAGCAGUGGCUUCUUACGUGGAGUCCUCCCAUGGACACCAUUCUUGGCCAUAGAUGAUGUGUGCACAGAGAUAUUGGACCGUGCCAGUGAUUUCUGUAAGUCUUUAGCAGACACUCUAGGGUUCUUUUUUUUUUUUUUUUUUUACCUGAGUACUCCGCGCUGAACGUUUGGCAUCAUCUUUGGUGGACGGCCACUCCUUGGGAGAGAAGCAACAGUGCCAAACCCUCUCUAUUUGUAGACAACUUCUCUGACUGUCAGUUGAUGAACAUCCAGACUUUUAGAGAUGGUUUUGGAUCCUUUUCCAGCUUUACACAAGUCAACAAUCCUUGAUCGCAGGUCUUCAACAGCACUUUUGACCGAGCCAUGAUGCACAUCAGACAAUGCUUCUCAUCAAGACAAUUCUUACCAGGUGUGUGUUUUAUAGUGGGCAGGGAAGCUUUAAACCACUCAUCAGUGAUUGGGCACACACCUGACUUAAAAUGUUUGGUAAAAAUUGGUUUCAAUUGCUCUUUAAGUCUCUUUAGGCAGAGGGUUCACUUACUUAUCCCACCCCUUUCUGUCAUUGUUUGCAUGCUAUCCUCAUUAAAAUAUGAAAACCUAUAAAUGUUUCGGUGGUUUUAGUUAAAGCAGACAGUUUUUACAUCUGUGCGAUUUUAACAAAGAUCAGAUCACAUUUGAUGGUGAUUUUAUGCAGAAACGUGAGAAAUUCCAAAAAGUUCAGAUACUUUAUCAUACCACUGUAUAAUUGCUAUGCUUUUGACAAUUAAUCUACAUUCAUUACUUUUAAAUAAACAAAAGCCCAUUUUUGAUGCAUUUAACUGGAAAUGUUGGGUUUGAAAUUGCUGAUCCAGUAAACUGUUCCGAUGUUCCGUCUCUAGUUUUAAAUGAUAGCAGUCUAGUUGAAAUAGCGAUUUUCGCUCAGUGAAAUUUGCGAAAAAACCACAACUGAAGAAGUCUUCGGGAUACAACAAUAAAACACAGAACUAGCUAACAUUCCUUUGGUAGUUAGCUUUUCUCCUUUGGACUCAUCAUUUUUCAAGAAAAGGGAUAUAUAGACAAAAAAUUGCAACAUAGAUAAGUUAGCUGGAUCACAGCCGAUCAAUUUUAGGUUGUAAUUAUUCUUUGGGUUCUAAUGUUUCACUGUAUUUACGAAAGAUUUGUGAGUGUAUUUUAUAAUGUAGCUUUUGAGAUAGGUU